AUGCCGUUAAUUAUAAUAUCUGGCCUGCCAACAUCAGGCAAAACCACGCGAGCAAAGCAGCUGGAAACCUACCUGCGAUCGCGCAUCGAGCAAGGCAGCAGCAGCAAUAACGAAACCACCAGUGCCACCCCAUCUAGUGCGCCCAAGUACCGCAUCCACGUUAUAUCGGACGACAGCCUCUCGAUAUCGCGCAGCGUGUACGACCUGUCGUCGGUGCCGGCGCACGCUCGCUCGGCCAACGCCUCAGAGAAGGAUGCGCGGGCCGCGCUAUACGGGGCUGUAAAAAGAGUAUUAUCGGACAGGGAUAUUGUAAUCCUGGACGGGUUGAAUUACAUUAAGGGGUGGAGAUAUCAGCUGCACUGCGAAGCGAAGGCUGUGAGGACGCCGAGUGUGGUUUUGCAGAUCGGGUGUGAGGUUGAGAGGGCGAGAGGGGUGAACGAGGAGCGGUUGAGGAGGAGGGAGAAGGAAGAGAGUUCGGAGCAAGAUGCGCCGGAGGGCUACGAGGUGGGGAAUUGGGAGAAUUUGGUGUUUAGGUACGAGGAGCCGAACCCGAUGACGAGGUGGGACAGCCCGCUCUUCGCGCUCGUGUGGGACGACGACGAGGAGAGGACAAAGCAGGUAUUCGACUCCCUAUGGGAUGCCAUUGCGGGCGAGGGACGCAAGGUGGUCAAGCCUAACCAGGCGACUGUGCAGAGGGGGAGGGACGCGUCGGGGGAUUACCUGUACGUGCUUGAUAGGGAGACGCAAGACAUCGUCAAGACGGUGCUGGAGGCGCAGGGAGAAGAUGGCGGCGGCGAGGUGAGGAUCGCGAGGUCGUCUAGCGGUGGGGAUGAUGACGCGCUUGUGGUGCAGUUGCCUGGGGAGAAAGUUGGGUUUCCGCGGUUGCAGAGGUUGAGGCGGGCGUUUAUUGGGUUGACGAGAGGGGGGAUUGGGCUUGAGGGGGUGGGGAAUCUAGGGGCUAGUAGGAUCCGGGAGAGCUUUGUUGGGUAUUUGAACGAUGCUUUUGAGAGUGAGGGAUAG